AAUCCCUUUUUGUCAAUUGACUUUGACGUUUACAUUAUGUCAGAUUGCUAACCCUGCAGUUCCAGAUGUUGUUGUUCAAAUCAAAAUAUAUUUUUUUCAUUGUUUUCUGAAUUAACUUGUUAUGGCGGGAAGAGGAAGAGGCCGCGGGGGCAGUGGUCUAUCACUAACCCAUGACCAACUACAGGCUCUUGGCAUAGCAAGGGGAGACAAUACGCCACAAACUUUAGCACCACCGCCGCUAUUUCCGAAACUUGAAGCGAAGCCACUUCCACUAGCAUGCGACGCCGCUACUGAUUACAUGCUUAUUGUUAAGGAUCAGUUCAUUGAGUAUCUACACGACUCACCGGCGUAUGUCAAGCAAAAAACACAAACAGAUGGCAUAGAGCGGUAUUCGGACAAGUAUAAGAUGCUUGCUCUCGAUGCGAAAAAAGGCAAAGUAUUGGAUUGCGUAUGGGCGAACAUGCCGGUAGAAUUGAGGCCGCAAGCAACAAGAGUACGAGUUGCAGGUCGCAAGCGGAAGCUUGACGACCCAGAAGCCAUAGCUAAAAGAUUGCAGACAUUAGAGAAAAAAGAAAUUCAAGAAGGCGAUGAAACCGUGGAAACAAAUGAAAAUGAGGAUCCUGUGAAACCACAAGAAGUAAAUGAUGAUGAGGAGAUUGAAGAUGAACAUGAAGAAGAAUUUGAGAUAGAUGACGGCACAGAUUAUGCAAACAACUACUUUGACAAUGGUGAAGAUUAUGAUGAAGAGGAUGACAAUCUUGAUGAUGGACCUGUAUACUGAACAAUGUUCAUUAAAAUAGAAGAAGAGCCAAUACAGGAUGAGUGACUACCAGUAUAGAAAUAUACUCCUAUGAUUUGAGUCUGGUCAAGUGUAAGCGUUAUGAAAUAAAACAGUUAACUUACAUUUCUACCUGUAAGCUAAAUCUGUGAUAUUACAAUUAUAUUUAAAA